AUGAAGCCUACAGAUCUUCUCACUUACCUCUGCCUCCUCCUCCUCACCUUCCUCCUCUCCCAUCCAAUCCUCUCACACCCCACCGCCAUCGCCAUCGCCAACCCCCUACCCCGCGACAUCCACACGCGCGGCCACUACACCUGCAAGAAGAUGUCCAUCCGCGGGCCCCUCCGCGCCUCCACCCGCGCGCUCGCCCUCCAGCUCUCAAGCCGGCACAACGAGCACUGCACGCAGGACCAGCGCUUCGCGCCCAAAUGUACCGUUCUCGCAAGCGACGGGGACGAGGCGCGCAUCGCCAUCUGCGGGUAUCCAAAGGGCUGGAUACUGUGCUCGUGGGUUGUGUUUGCGGCGCUGGAGAUCGCGGCCGGGUGUGUCGUCCCCACGACGGAGAGGGCCACGGGGGAGUUUGUGUUUGAUGGGAAGCCGGGGAUGAGGGUCGUUGUUUAUAAAGCUGGGCGUGAGCCGUGA